CCUAGAAGAAAUGGAUACCAUUCAGGCUUCAUCUUGUGAAAAUAACCUAAAGCAAGUAUUGAAAUCAAAUGAAUGUCAACCAACACAUUUUAGAAAUAGCUUUCACUCUGUUAGAAUACUAGAAGACUUACAAUCUCUACGCAAAAAAGAAGUUUUAUGUGAUAUUAGAUUUGAAACAGAUGAUGGAUGUAUAACAUUUGGUCAUAAAAAUGUUUUAAUGGUAGCUAGUCCAUAUUUCCGAGCAAUGUUUAAUAAUUUUGAUGAAAGCAAUAAAGAUCUUGUCAAAAUAAGUGAAUUAGACUCUACUGUUUUAAAAAUAUUAGUAGAUUAUAUUUAUACUGGUGAAUUGAUAAUGACAAAAGAAAAUGUACAGGUAUAAUUAACAAGUCAAUUUGUGAAAGACUAAUAUAAAAUUGUUUUAAAUGUAUUAUUGAUGAUUUUCAAGAUAUUGUUACCAGCAGCAAAAAUCCUACAGUUAGAUUUUGUUAGUGCUGCAUGUUCUGAGUUUUUACAAAAACAACUGGAUGCAUCGAAUUGUCUGGGCAUCAGAGCGUUUGCUGACAUACAUAACUGCACGGAAUUGUUAUCAAGUUCUGAAGCAUUAAUAAAAAAACAGUUUCUGGAAGUGGUUAAAAGUGAUGAGUUCCUAUCAUUAUCUUCUGAAGAUGUGGUUAAGAUAAUCUCUUGUAAUGAUCUUGCUGUUCCAUAUGAAGAAAAAGUAAGCAAACUGCAAUAUUAGUUAUUGUUGUAUGUAAAGUCAACUUAACACAAAGAUCUAACACAUAAAUAUAAUGGACUCUAUUCUUGAACAGUCAUCUAAAAAAAAAAAAAAUUGUAAACCUGUGGAUUAAUUAUAUAAAUAAUUAUUGAUAGGCGAGUAUAGAAAAACACAGUUAUAGAAAAACAAACAUAACUGCUAGCCCUUCUGCUUUAAAUGCUUAUGUAAAUCCAUCAAAUCUGUAUUAACUUUUAAUCUAAGAAUAA